ACAUGGCAAAAGAGGAUGGUCUUGAGGGAUGACGUGGACGAGUGUGCUCAGGGGCUAGAUGACUGCCACACCAAUGCCCUGUGUCAGAACACACCCACCUCCUACAAGUGCUCCUGCAGGCCUGGCUACCAAGGGGAGGGCAGGCAGUGUGAGGAUAUUGAUGAAUGUGGAAAUGAACUCAAUGGAGGCUGUGUCCAUGACUGUUUGAAUAUUCCCGGCAAUUAUCGCUGCACUUGUUUUGAUGGCUUCAUGUUGGCUCAUGAUGGUCAUAAUUGUCUUGAUGUGGACGAGUGCCUGGAGAACAAUGGCGGCUGCCAGCACACCUGUGUCAAUGUCAUGGGGAGCUACGAAUGCCGCUGCAAGGAGGGGUUCUUCCUGAGUGACAAUCAGCACACGUGCAUCCACCGCUCAGAAGAGGGUCUGAGCUGCAUGAAUAAGAAUCACGGCUGUAGUCACAUCUGCAAGGAGGCCCCAAGGGGCAACGUUGCCUGCGAGUGCAGGCCUGGUUUUGAGCUGGCCAAGAACCAGAGAGACUGCGUCUUGACCUGUAACCAUGGAAAUGGCGGAUGCCAGCAUUCCUGUGAGGACACUGCUGAAGGCCCAGAGUGCAGCUGCCAUCCACAGUACAAGAUGCACGCGGAUGGGAGGAGCUGCCUUGAGCGCGAGGACGCCGCUCUGGAGGUGACGGAGAGCAAUGCCACAUCCGUGGCGGAUGGGGAUAAACGGGUGAAACGACGGCUGCUCAUGGAAACAUGUGCUGUCAACAAUGGAGGCUGCGAUCGCACCUGUAAAGACACUUCAACAGGUGUUCAUUGCAGUUGUCCCAUCGGAUUCACUCUCCAGUUGGAUGGGAAGACCUGUAAAGAUAUUGAUGAGUGCCAGACGCGCAAUGGAGGUUGUGAUCAUUUCUGCAAAAACACCGUGGGCAGUUUUGACUGCAGCUGCAAAAAGGGAUUUAAAUUAUUAACCGAUGAGAAGUCUUGCCAAGAUGUGGAUGAAUGCUCUUUGGAUAGGACCUGUGACCACAGCUGCAUCAACCACCCUGGCACAUUUGCAUGUGCUUGCAACAAAGGAUACACGCUCUAUGGCUUUACCCACUGUGGAGACACCAACGAGUGCAGCGUCAACAACGGAGGCUGCCAGCAGAUCUGUGUGAACACAGUGGGCAGCUAUGAAUGCCAGUGCCACUCUGCGUACAAGCUCCACUGGAAUAAAAAAGACUGUGUGGCUUCUUGUGAUCUGAGUUGCGUCGUAAAGCGAACAGAGAAGCGGCUCCGGAAGGCUGCCCGCACACUCCGGAAGGCUGUCCACAGGGAGCGGUUUCACCUCCAGCUCUCAGGCAUGGACCUUGAAGUGGCUAAGAAGUCUCCCAGAACGUCUGAACGCCGGGUGGAGUCCUGUAGAGUGGGCCAGGGCCAUGUAGGAAACCAGUGUGUCAGUUGCAGGGCUGGGACAUAUUAUGAUGGAGCACAAGAACGCUGCAUUUUAUGUCCAAACGGAACCUACCAAACUGAGGAGGGACAAGUCACAUGUGAACCAUGCCCAAGACCAGAAAAUCCUGGGGCCCUAAAGACCCUGGAAGCUUGGAAUGUGUCUGAAUGUGGAGGUCUGUGCCAACCUGGUGAAUAUUCCGCGGAUGGCUUUGCACCCUGCCAGCUGUGUGCCUUGGGCACAUUCCAGCCUGAAGCCGGCCGUACUUCCUGCUUUCCCUGUGGAGGAGGCCUCCCCACCAAACACCUGGGAGCCACUUCCUUCCAGGACUGUGAAACCAGAGUUCAAUGUUCACCUGGACAUUUCUACAACACCACCACCCACCGAUGUAUUCGGUGCCCAGCAGGAACAUACCAGCCUGAAUUUGGAAAAAAUAAUUGUGUUUCCUGCCCAGGAAAUACCACAACUGACUUUGAUGGCUCCACAAACAUAAUCCACUGUAAAAACAGAAGAUGUGGAGGGGAGCUGGGAGAUUUCACCGGAUACAUUGAGUCCCCAAACUACCCAGGCAAUUACCCAGCCAACACCGAGUGUACCUGGACCAUCAACCCACCACCUAAGCGCCGCAUCUUGAUCGUGGUCCCUGAGAUCUUCCUGCCCAUAGAGGACGACUGUGGAGACUACCUGGUGAUGCGGAAAACUGCUUCGUCCAAUUCUGUGACAACGUAUGAAACCUGCCAGACCUACGAACGCCCCAUCGCCUUCACCUCCAGAUCCAAGAGGCUGUGGAUUCAAUUUAAGUCCAAUGAAGGGAAUAGCGCCAGAGGGUUCCAGGUCCCGUAUGUGACGUAUGAUGAGGACUACCAGGAACUCAUUGAAGACAUAGUUCGAGAUGGCAGGCUCUACGCAUCUGAGAACCAUCAGGAAAUACUUAAGGAUAAGAAACUGAUCAAGGCUCUGUUUGAUGUCCUGGCCCACCCCCAGAACUAUUUCAAGUACACAGCCCAGGAGUCCCGAGAAAUGUUUCCAAGAUCCUUCAUCCGAUUGCUACGUUCCAAAGUGUCCAGGUUUUUGAGGCCUUACAAAUGAGUCUGCCCACGUGCCACUCGGCACAAUGUUCGGCCCAUGGGCUGGUGGGACACAGCCAUCUGUUUCUGCAGCCAGCAGAGUCGGAUAAUGCUGCCUCUAGUAGCAGUGACUGGUUAGAGUUCAAUUUUUAUAGAUAAUACAGAUAUUUUGGUAAAUGGAA